GUUUAAUUGUAUGUUACCACACAUUCUGCAAAACUUAGAUGAGGUUGACAGCACCUAAAGCAGAAAUAUUUUAGAUGAAUCAAACGUGUAAAGUUUGUGGUGAACCAGCUGCUGGUUUUCAUUUUGGUGCAUUUACAUGUGAAGGUUGUAAGUCAUUCUUUGGACGCUCCUAUAAUAAUUUAUCAUCAAUAUCUGAAUGCAAAAAUAAUGGCGAAUGCAUCAUCAACAAGAAAAACCGUACAGCAUGUAAAGCAUGUCGCCUAAGAAAAUGCUUAAUGGUUGGAAUGUCAAAAAGUGGUUCAAGAUAUGGUCGACGUUCAAAUUGGUUUAAAAUACAUUGUUUAUUACAAGAGCAACAACAGCAAGCUGCAGCCGCAGCGGCUGCGGCAGCAGCACAUCGCGGACAGGGUGGAUCAGAUCAUUUAGGUCCAAAUCAAAAAUCUCCUCCCCCUCCAAGUUCAGCAACAGCAUUUUCAAUGCUAGGACAUCCAGCAUAUUCUCAAGGUUUAUAUGGUCCACCACGUACAAAAGAAGAUUUGAUGAUGCUUGGUAUUGAAGAAUAUUCAGCAGGUAAACAUCCAGUCGCAUCGCCUUCGGUCAGUUCGCCAGAUAGUCAUAAUUCAGAUAGUUCAAUUGAUAUUAAUAUACGUAGUAAUUCAUUAUUAAGAAAUCGUGAUGCUGCAGCAGCAGCAGCGGCCGCUGCAGCAGCUUCUGGUCAUCCACAUAAAGAUUUAUUUUUACCGUUACCCUUUCCUGGGUUAGGUUCAUUACCUGUUAUGCCCCCACCAGCAUUUCUGCCACCGUCACAUUUACUAUUUCCUGGUUAUCAUCCAGCUUUAUACCAACAUCAUCAAGGUUUGUUGAAACCAGUAGGAAAUGCGAAUGAUUUACAUCAACAACAUUUAAUGCAAAGUCCGGGUUUGGCUGCAGCAGCUGUUGCAGCGGCACAUGCUGCAGCUGCCAAUCAUCAACAGCAACAGCAAAAUAAUAGUCAUAACAGUAAUUCUGUAUUAAAUCAUAACAAUACCAGUCGUUAUACGCCGACACAUAAUAGCGAUAAAGAUAGUGAUCGAGGUGCUAAUAGUCCUAUUAUUAAUCAAAAUUUACAUAAUAGUAACAAUAACAAUAGCAUAGGUAGUAAUAAUAAUAACAAUAAUAGCAUUAAUCAUGUACCUAAUGGAACAAAAGCUGCAGAAGAAUUAACAAAACGUUUUUAUUUGGAUGCAGUAUUAAAAUCACAACGUCAUUCUCCAUUGUUAUUAAAUAAUCAUGGAAUUACGAUACCAUCAGUAACACCUAAUUCAAAUACGUCAGCAUCGACGACAACAACAUCUAGUGCAGCAACAAUUACCCCUAUUACGAAUUCUGCUAUUAUUACACCAAACUCUGAUAAUGGUGGUAUUAAAAGUGAUUGUGGAGAUGAGUUAACAAUCGGUCGAGCCGAUGAUGCUGAUAGCAAUUGUGAUGAAGAUUUAGUUGUAUCAAUGACACCACCAAGAUCUCCCAUUCUCAAUGUUGGAGGUAAUGGUGAUGAUGACGAUGAUGAAGAUGAUGGUAAUAAUUGUAAUAAUAACAAUAAUAACAUUAUACAUAUAAGUAACAGUAAUGAUGAAAUUGAAAAUGAUAAGAAUUAUAAAAAUAAUAAUAAUGAUAAUAAUAUAAAUUUAAAUGAAAAGAAAUUAAUUGGUUCUAAUAUAAUAAACACAACAACUGUGACAACGACGAUAGCAACAUCAACAACAACAACGUCAACGACAACCACUAACCAAGAUAACCCAAUUGACUUGAGUAUGAAAGCUGGUAGUAGUGUCAGUAGUCGUCAUAGUAGUAGUAGUCGCAGUAAUAGUAGUAAAUCAAGUACAUCAUCAAUUGAUGAGAUUAAUCGUCAUUUAUCAGGUGAUGGAGAAAGUGAUAAUGGUGCUGGAUUAAAUAGUGAUAAUGAAGAUGAUGAAACAACAACGAAUACAACAAUAACAACACAAAUUCAUAAAAGAAAUAGUGCACAUAUUUUAAAUAACAAUAAUAAUAAUAUCAACAUCAAUAAUAAUCGCUCUAAUAGUUUAGAAUUAAAUUGUAGUGAUGAUGAAACAAAUGAAUAUGAACACCAUAGUAUGAAACGUAUGAAAUUACAAUUAACUACACCUUUAGAUUUGACAACAAAAGUUUGAAAUAGAAAUGAAAAAGCAAAAAUUGUUAAAUAAUAUUUGUAAUUGUUGUAAAAUAAACUCAUUAUUAUUGUUUUAAUAUUAUUAUAAUAUAUUUAAAUUAUUGAUUUUUUUUA